AUGGAGCGAGGCCUGAUUCUUCGAGAGUUGCAAUCCCCGAGCCACCAGAUAAAAGUCUCGCUGGGGCGCACUUCCUGCACACAGUCAUCUAGCUUCGAGCCAUCCUGCGCCUUUGCAACUUUGAGCUCCGGGAGUACCACCAAAGAGGUGUUGCUACAGCACGACUUUGUCCUCCUCAUAAAUGCGAAUGGACUUGAUACGCCCCGUGCCUUGGUUGAGACCCAUCCUACCCUUGCAAACCAGCGAGCUCUGAUGGCCACUCUUGUUCCCAAGUUCGCCCUCCCCCCAGCUACCCCUGAGAUAGUUUUCAUUAUCGAUAGGAGCGGCAGCAUGGAUGACAAGAUCUCAACCGUGCAAUCUGCACUCAAAGUGUUUUUGAAAUCUUUGCCUGUGGGAGCCUGCUUCAAUAUUUGCUCAUUUGGAAACAGCUUCUCAUUUAUGUGGCCAAAAAGCAAGGUUUAUGAUGCUUCUAGCUUGAAGCAGGCCUUACUAUUUGUUGGCUCUAUUAACGCCGAUAUGGGUGGCACAGAGAUGGAACAAGCAGUCAUUGCCACCGUGGGAAACCGACUGGAAGGCAAAAGCCUCGAGGUUUUGAUUCUCACGGAUGGUGAAAUCUAUGACCAGGGCUCUCUGUUUGGCUUUGUUCGCGAUGCGGCUGCCAAAAACACUACCCGAUUCUUUUCUCUUGGUGUCGGCGAUGCGGCAUCCCACUCCCUGAUCGAAGGUAUUGCCAGAGCUGGGAAAGGAAUUUGUCAAUCGGUUAUGGAGUAUGAGGAGCUCGAUCGCAAAAUAGUGCGGAUGCUCAAGGCUGCUCUCACUCCUCAUAUCUACGACUACAAACUCGAGGUUAAGUAUGACGAUGAUUCCCAAGAAGAACAUGAGUUUGACAUCGUGAGCGAUGUCGAAACGGAGGGAGAAGAUUCUGCCACAGAAGUCAACGACGACAACGUUUCUGUUGGGCCUCAACCAGGCACCCCACAGGAACCGAUCUCAUUGUUUGACGAGAAUUUCAUAGAGCCUGAAAUGAUGCAAGUUGACACUGACACUAGUCCAUCAGCUGGCCUUCCAACUCUCACUUCACCACAAGCAAUUCAAGCUCCAUACAGGAUUCCUACUCUUUACCCAUUCGUGAGGACUACUGUCUAUCUUUUGAUGGACUCCGACAAGGCCGAGCAUAAUCCCAAAAGCUUGAAAUUCAGUGCAACCUCUAAACAAGGUCCCUUGCAAUUAAAGAUUCCCAUUCAGAGCAUUGGAACAGGUGAGAUCAUUCACCAGCUAGCCUGCCACAAGGCAGUUAUUGAGCUCGAAGAGGAGCACGGUUGGCUCUCUGAUGCCAAGGAUGAGAGUGGGAACUCUUUCCAGCAGUUCCACCUGGACACAAAGCAGCGAAUUGCAGAACGUGAAUGUCAGCGUCUUGGAAUCAAGUUCCAAGUCACCGGAAAACAUUGCUCCUUCGUGGCUUUGGAGGACGAUCUUGAAAAGCUUGACAAGUCAGAUCACCUAGAUAACCCGAGCACUCCAGACAACUCAAGCAAUCCAAACAGCCCACGCAGAGCGUCGGCUAGGAGACAGAUCACAUCUGUUCGGUCCAAGGAGCAUGCUGUCCAUAACCUUUCGUCAAGCUUUCUAAGGCCUACCUAUGGUGAAGCGAGGUUUAUGGACACUAGCCCGCGGACGAGAACUGCAGGGCCCCAUCAGCCGCCAUUCGGGCAGAAGUCGCACCAACUAUUGGCCCGAGCAGGUGGCCCAGCUGUUCGGCAGGCGGAACCCUUUGACCUAGCAAGAAGUGGAGGAGUAUCAGAGAGAGGGUUUGGAGAAUCAGGGAGAGGCCGACGAGGUGGGAGAGGAGGCGGUCUCUUUGGAUCCUCCCAAGCAAAUUCUCCUUCCACCCAGAGUCGCUUUGGAGGGAGUUCGGAUUAUGCGCCAUCUCCCCCAGGAGGGAGUAUUGGAAUGUAUUCUCUUCCUUGUGGUGGAGCUAGCUCAGCAGCAGGCAAUAUGGGGGCCUUUGGUCAGCCUAUGCCAUCUGCUGAUCGCCCAAUGGACAAGUUUUAUGAGCUUAUUGGGCUGCAAACCUUUGAAGGCAGCUGGAUGUGGUCGAACAAACUGUUCAAUCUUCUCGGUCUGCGCGAGCAGGAGAUCACCACGAGCAUUAUCAGAAUGUAUGAUCAGCACUGGGACACGGAUGCUGCCAAGUUUCCAAAUGUCGAGGAAAAGGCUGUGAUUGCAACUCUACUGGCUAUCGGAUAUCUGGAGAAUAAACAUGCUGAUUUGCGAAGAGUAUGGGAGCUUUUACACGCCAAGGCUGAUGCGUGGGUUACGCAGAAGCUGCAGCAGAUGGGGGACCCAUCUCUCGGGGAGAUGCGCUUCGAAAUACUUUCACUGGCUUGA